AUGCUUCAUCCUGAUGAGUGGGCUUUUGGUGGCGCUUCCUUAUUAAAGACGGAUUUAGUUUCAAAUACAACGCGAUUCAAGAGACAGACCGCAAAAAUGGAGAAAAUGAAGGUUUCCGUGACAGCUCCACAAACCAUACCACGUGCAAACGACACCAAAGAAUCCCUUGCACGGAUAAUUUCUGACGGUACCUGCUUCAUUGGGGACAAAAUUGGAACUGCAAGAUUUCUGUGUCACAUUCAGAGAUUUCAAUGGUUAUUCAACGAAGAAUUAAUUAAUCAGACGAAAACAAGGAAGUUAGAAUGGUACGAAGCCUUUGAUUAA